UUUUGUGUUCACGCCCAUUUCGCGAAUUGUAUCCCCCGCAUACCCUACACGCUUGGUCUUCUCUUCAGAACAGACCGCUAAGAUCUCAUACCUAUAUCUUCACGCUAUUUAGAAAUGUACGGACAGCAACUAGGCCUAGUCCUGCCCCUCUGCUCAGGCCGGCCGUGGAACAGCACGUCAAACCGGAGCUGCAACCUGACGUGCCAGUAUACACUUUUCGGAACAAGCAAUUGCUGCGGCUAAUGAAGCACCUAAUUCAUUUUCGAAACAAUCCUCCGAGGUUUCAUAAACGCAGGAUUUAUCGGAUUCCGGGUAAAAAUCACGUACAGGUCUAUCUGGAGAUGCGUCGACGAGGGACGCAAUUACUCUUGAAACUGUCUCCGUCAGUUUUCGUUCACGUAGUCCAGUCAACUCUGCGCGCAGGAAAAAAGGACAUAUUUGGUGUCGUAAUUGACGAUGUGUUGUCUAUCACCGACGCCCAGAGAAAAGACGCUGUUUAUCAUUUGGACGCGCGACGUUAUCGUGCUUGGGAAGAAAUUCUCCAUAUAAUCACUUCAAACCUCGAGAAUGGGAAACGCCAUGCGACUACUAAGCAUUACGCACGCGUUGUCAACCUUUGUAAGGCCAUUCUCUUGGCUCGAAGGCCGGAUGGCAUCCAACCGAAUAUCACCGCUGAAUGCCUGGAUGGUGUUGCGAUGUCCAUCGUCCAUCAGUCUUCAGAUUGGCUUAAAGGCAAUGUAGAUUUCUUGGAAGCUCUCGAUAAUUGCAUCCGGAACUUGUCUUUGGAUGAACUCGUUGCAAAUUUGUCGACACGUAUACCGGACACCUUACCAGGAGGAAAAAAGCAUCCACAAGUGUCACUGUUAUGGAGCUUGUUUCGUCUCAUCCGACAUUUGCUUGAUAACGAGAUGUAUGAUGCGUCAUUUUUGUUCCUUCAGACUCUCGUGCAAAAGGAGGCUAUUCCACCCCAGGCUAUUCGGGUUCUCCAUGGAGAUGACCCCUGUGAGGCGGUAACGAUGAUUCUCAUGCGUACAUGUGCUUAUUAUGGUUGGACAAGGCAAGCAAUCAAAGUCUUGCGUGGAGAGUUCCUGACGAGGCCAGAAUCCCAAGGUGAUUAUGAGCACAUCGUUAACGAUCUUCUUGCCACCUCAUUGGUCGACGAUGACGCAAGACUCAGCCAGUGCAGCCAGUUUAUACACUACAUUUUAUCUUGCAAUCCUGAAUUCAGACUAGACAACUCGCUGCUCGCAGGAUUUUUCAGACUUGCUCGUCGUCAUGAUGCGGUAUUCGCUGCAGAAACGAUGUUUGCAGCAUUGCAACUAUCAUCCCGGCGCGACACUUAUGUGAAGGGACCAAAACAGAGGACAGUUCUUCCUUGGCUACUGAACCAUUUUGUUCAUCAGAGCAAGAGGCGCCACUUGGGGAAGUCUCUUGUCGAAUACCUCGUCAAGCCGCGAAUAAAAAUAUAUCCAUACGAUCGCGGGGAGGUCAUUGCACUCUGUGCCAAGGGCGGCUUUGUCGAUGAAACACACGCACUUUGGGAACAAUACACUAAGGAGCCGUUAGGUUACUUGGUUACCGGACAUGCAAGAUGUAUGAUUAACGUAGUGAAGUUGUUCAAAUAUUCCAGCGAUGCCUAUCAGAUGGUCAACGAAUCAACUGAUGCGGGUACGACGUCAGAGGAGGCAGUCGAUGAGACGAUAAUGCCAGAGAUAACACACGGACCUCCUAGCAAUAGAAUCUCGAAUCAUGAUAUUCCCGAUGUGAAUAGUCAUGCUGAUCUUGAGCAGGACGUGACGGAUGAUGCAUCUGGUUCUCCCUUUGUCCACACGAACUAUUCAUCGUUAGGGAUGACAGAAACGGGUAAUGGUGCGACCACGCCUCGUGCUAGUGCAGACAAAGAUGCCGGUCUCGACGCGGCACCAACAGACAAAUUGAAAGCUUCAGUAGACAUACGUCAGAACAGGAACGAGAAUAUUGGAGCAACCAUCAAUGCAGAGCAAUCUGGCACGAGCAGCGUCGCCGAACCGGUUAAUAGGAUCACUUCACCCGGAAACCCGGAGCCCGACGAGUAUCUGGCAUUCGCAUACAAGGUACUCGACGCGUUUCAGAGGUCAAAAGAGCCUCUGAGUAGAGCAUCACACUAUGAUUUGAGCGCACUAGCACGGGCAUCAGACAUACUUGGACUCGUACGGCAGAGUAUGCGCUCUUUACAGAGUAUUGUUCAGCGAAAGGAAGUGCCAGACACGCAUGAUAUGAAUGUUGUCAUAAAGGCGAUGGCAACGCGGGACCCAGAGCGAGCGGAACUGAUUCUGGUGCGCAUGCUUGAAGGAGGCAUGCAUUUGAGCGCUGUCUCUUUCUCAACUAUCAUUUCUGAGGCGAUUCGACGUCGAAACACAUCUCUUGCGAGCCACGUAUAUUCACGCGCCGUGCGUGUUGGUCACAAAGAAAUAGGCCCAAUAACAACCUCUGCCCUUCUCGGUGCUUGUCUAGAUGCUUGUCUGACUCCUCGGGAUCCGAAUAUUAAGUGGUCUCCACAUAAAACAGCGAAGCUUAAUGAGUUCCUUCGGCAGAUUUACACCUUAAUUACCACGAAGACAGGUGCGGAGAUAGUUACAACACGCGAACUAGGUGCGCGAUGCGUCGGUGCCGCUCUACGGCUUGAGGAACCAGAGAUGGCCUUCUAUUUCUGGCGGAAAUUUAUGAAAGAAAAGAUGCCCUGGGACUCGGAUCAACACAAGGAGCUACGUCAUACGAUAGCAGUCAUGGUUGAGAAGGCACAGGCGAUGGGGAGGGUGGAGGCAAAUGUGGGGGGUCGGAUGAUCACUGAAUUAGGCGGGUUGCCUUGAUAAGGACAUAGAGCAGCCAUAGAGGGCCAAAAGUAUGUUUAAUCUUGAGUAGACAAUGCGGUUGGAGAGCAUAUGUUUCACUAAUAGAACCGG